UGUCAAAAGCCAAAAUACACACAAACACACACUUUUAAAAAAAGAGAACUGCGGAAAUUCAAGUUUAUUUUGGAUUUUGGCACUGUCAAGAAUGUGUAUGUGUUAAAUAAUUUAUUUUUUUUUGUUUUUAACAUGACGACAUAAUUGCACCAAGUUUUAUAAACACAAUAAAUUAAAAAUGGAGAAAAAGUUUUGCCAGUAAAUCUAAAUACAUUGAAAGUGGUUUGUUUGUUUUUUUUAAAAUAAAAAUAUAUAGAUUUCAUCUGAAUGACAACAAUAACAGCAGCAGACGAACAAAGAUUUUGGUUAUGGCGACAAGUAGUUCUGAUGGUUCUUGUACAGCACCCGCUGAUUUUCAAUUAUCAUCUGAACUUGAAGAUGUUUCCGAUCGUUUAAGUGUUAAUCUAUUGAAAUGCUCAUUAUGCCAUAAUAGUCGACGAAUUUUCUACUGUAGACAAUGCAUACAAAAUGGUGAUUUUGUUCAUUCUACUUCUGUUUAUUCCGAACGAUUUGCGGAUAAACAAAUACGACUUUUACGAUUAAAAGCGGCUCGUUCUCAAUUAGAGGAAAAAUGUGUGAAAUCUUUAGAAAAAUACAAACAAAAAGAUAAAUUGCAAUGUGAUAUAAAUACAUGUAAAGAACGAGUGAAACUUUUGCAAUUAUUGGUGAGCGAAACUAAACAGAGUAUAAAUAGAGGAAAUCAACGUCUAAAUGUUUUAAAUGAAGUUAAUUCACAAUUGGCAAUUAGACUUCCGAGGCAUGAGGAGAGAGUCGAGAAAUUACAUCGUUAUGUUGUUACAUUAAAAGGAAAACAAGAAAAACAAAAGGAAACUGUUGAAAGAAAAAGACAACAAUUAAAGAAAGUUAUUCGAAUUGCUGCGAAACAAUUAAUUCAAUAUAUUUUUCCAUUAACACAAGUUGAACCCAGUAAAAGUUUGUGCAGUAGUGAAGAGGAGAGUUCAUGCACCGAUUGUGUAACAAGUGCAUUGGCCGAUGCUUCGGGAACUUCUUAUGUACGAGGACGAUGGAUUAAUGAUACUGAAAAUAGUUUAGAAAUUCAUCAUCGUAUUGUGGCUCCAACACUUCCUGGAUCCGGUGACUAUAGCGCUUAUUCCCUUUGGGUUGCUGAAAAUAAGGAUGCAGUGCCUGGAAAUAAUAAAGAAAAUUCAAUGCACAAUCCUGCUUACAAUAUAAGUGCUGCCCUUACUUAUGCCACGCAAUUGGUUAAAAUAAUUGCAUACUAUAUUAAUGUGAAGCUACCUUUCAAAUUGGCAUACAGUGAAUUUUGUGGAAGUGAAAUGUCGGAUCAAAAAUUUGCAAGAAAAGUGGCGCGCCUAAAUUGUAAUGUUUUACAUUUAUGCUUUACACAAAACACGGACACAACAGUUUUACAUCCAAUGCAAACACUACAAAAUCUCAUGCACUUGCUCAAUACUGAAAUCAGUGAUCUCGGCAGAAUUGGUCCAGUUGAAGUAGAUCCAAUUGAAAUGCAACAAUUAAACAAUCAAUUAGUAGCAGAUUUGGAAAAAAGUGACGAUUCUGCCUCAGAUGAAGAGGAAGAUGCGUUUAAUUGGGAAUGGGAGGCUGUACCAAAUGUCGCUUGUCCCGAAAUGGUGGUUCCAAUUCCGGGUUCAAUGGCCAGCCAACAAUCGUCAAGUAUGCAAGUCAAUCAAAGUGUUGCGGGCGGACUAGUGACAAGUGCCGCUGCCAGCAUCGCCUCCAUCUGGAGAGGAUGGACCACCAAUAAAUAGACUGAUCACUCCAAUUUUUUUUUUCUCAUACAGCAAAUUCAUUCAUCAAAAUGUAAUUAUUUUUUCAAGUAUAUUUUAUAUUCUAAGAGAUAUUUCUCCUGCAUAAUAUCGAGAAACAAAAAUUCUUCAUUAUUUUUCUUUUUGACAAUGACUAUAAUUUAUUAGUCGAUAAAUUUUUGUUUAACGUAUAAAAGAGAAUAAUUUACGUUAAUUUUUCUUUUUUUUUUUUUUUAUUAAAAUAUUAUGUUUUCUAUUAUAUAAAUAUUAACGCAUAAUCAAAAGCAUAUAUAUAUAUAUAUAUAUUUAAUUAAAAAAUAUAUACGAAAUACUUUUAUUCAAAAAAAAAAUUUUUUUAAUUAAAAAUUUCUUUUUAUUUAAAAAAAAUCAUUUCAUUAAAUGAAAAUGAUGAUACAAAAAAUCACUGAAUUCUUUUAAGUAUUUUUUUUAAUUAAUGGACCAAAAAAAAACUUCUGUGAAAAAAAUAUGACAAAAAAAAAGUAUUUGAAUUUUAAGUCUUCGAUAUUAAUGAAUUUCUAAUUAUACAAUUGAAAAGCCAUCGAAAUCUCAUAAUUCCUAUAAUUAUUCAAGUUGUAAAUUUGUCCUAUAUAUGAAAAAAAGUUAGAUUUAGAUUUUUUACUCUCCCUUUCUCUCUUUUUCUCUUAAAAUUUAGAAAAUUAUUCACUCAUAUAAUAUGUAGACACAAUAGAUUAUAGGGAAUUUUCAAAUUUUAUCUCCGCAUAUAAUUUAAAUUAUAUUUCGCACAAAGUUUAAAAAAAAAAAAUCAAAAUUAAAAUCAGAGGUUUUUUAUUUUUUAAGAAAACUUGAAAAAGAUGUAAUAAUAUUGUUUUCAUUUAAUUUUCUAUAAUAAUUAAUUAGUUAAUAAUUAUUUUCAAUAAUAGAAUAAAAUAAUAAAUAAUUGUAAUUUUUUUUUCUCUUAUAAAAUUAGUCACUUUGUGCGAAAUAUUAAAAUGUCUCAGAAUCCAAUGAAAAGAAUACAUUUUAUAUUUUUAACAUAAGUUUAAAAAAACAAAAAAAAAAUACCGAUUCUUUGGAAAAAAAACAACAACAAUGACCACAACAGUUUAGUAAUCUAAUAAUGUUAAUAAAAAAAAAAAUAAAUAACGAGUGAAAGUUUUACGCUAGAAAGUACCUUAUAGCGUAACGGAAGUACGCAAAUUUUUUUUUUUUUUUUUUUUUGUAGAGGAAUGGACUGACUUAUAAUUAAUGAGAGAAAGAAAAAAAAAAGUGAUAUUGUGUACAGGAUUUGGAGGAAAAAAAAAUCGAAAGAAACUUUAUUAGUAGUGUGAAUUUCGAAUGACAGGUUUUAUUUAAUUUUUCAAUUAUACAAUAUAUUAUAUAAGGAAAAAAAAUUUAAUAAUCUACAAUUAAAAUUUGUGACUGAUCUUCUUUUUUCUGUCUUCAUACGCUUUAAAGUGCAAAAAAGAGUUUUAAAUCUAUAAUUCAUUUUUGAUUUAGUAAUAUAAUUUCUGAAUAUUUUUUUCAACAAUUGUAAUUUUUUGUAAACUUUUUUCUAUUCUUCAUUGAAUAAUUAAUUGCAAAAAAUUGAAUUAAAAGAAAUUAAUUUCAAAUAUUUAAAUUAAAAGAAAUUAAUUUAGAAAAAUUAAUUUUAAAAAUUUGAAAAAAAAUUAGAAUAUGCAAAAAAAAAAAUAUAAA